AGGAAGAGGAAGAUGAGGAAGAGGGGGAGGGCGAGAGGGAGAAGAACACGGUGGACAACAAGGACGGCUUCAGCUCGACGUUUGAGCGUAUCGUUGAGUCUGCACUUCUCCGUGGGGGGACGUGCUACAGUAGUCUAGACUCUCUGGAUGUCCUGUCACUCACAGACGAGACAGACAGCUGCGUCAGCUUCGAGGCGCCACUCACCCCCCUUAUUCAGCAGAGGUCCUUCCUUCAGAGCCCUGAGCCACUGGAGCUAGAACUAGCCACCGUCAUGGAGCAGGAGGGGAGUGAGGCUGGAACCGAGGCCCAGCAAGGAGAGCCUGAGGCUGGGGAAAGUGCUGCAGGGCCUGGGCCUGGACCUGGAGGAAGCCCACUAAGGACCACCAUCACCGGGACGAGGUCAGAGUUUGUACUGAGCCAGCCUGGCCGGUGGGACAUCCCUAAUGGUUUUCAUACAGACACCCAGGGAGGAGUGGAGGGCUCUGGAGCCAUACCCAACUCAAUGAGUGAUGCCAACCUCCUCACGGACGUGCUGUCGGACUCAGAGUCGGAGCUGGGUGGCCUGGAGCAGCUGGAGAGAAGCAGCACGGAAACCCUGGCCAACGGUUGCCGUGCCGACUGCGACGCCGCCAAACGCCUGGCCAAGCGUCUGUUCUACCUGGAGGGCUUCAGACGCUGCGACGUGGCACGCCACCUGGGCAAGAAUAACGACUUCAGCCAGCUGGUGGCGUCAGAGUACCUCAGCUUCUUUGACUUCUCUGCCCUGUCAUUGGACAAGGCCCUGAGGAACUUCCUGAAAGCCUUUCCUCUGAUGGGUGAGACCCAGGAGAGAGAGAGAAUCCUGGUCCACUUCUCUAAGAGGUUCUGUGUCUGCAACCCCACAGCCCUCGCCCCCGAUGGCAAGGACAGAUCCAAACGGGAUGAUGAUGAUGAAGAAGAAGAUGAUGACGGAGCCCAUACAUUAACCUGCGCCUUAAUGCUGCUCAACACUGAUCUACAUGGACACAACAUUGGGAAGAAGAUGUCUUGCCAGCAGUUCAUCGGUAAUCUGGAUGGCCUAAACGAUGGCAAGGACUUCCCUAAAGACCUGUUAAAGGUGCUGUAUAAUUCAAUAAAGAACGAGAAACUUGAAUGGGCAAUUGAGGAAGAGGAGUUCAGGAAGAGUCUAUCGGAGCUGGUGGAGGAGCAGUAUGAGGGAGGGGGGAAGAGGGGGGUUGCCAGGGUAACGGAUGGCAAUAACCCUUUCAUCGCCAUCCCCAUCCUACCCAACGCUGUCACCUAUAAACAUGGUGUCCUGUCCCGCAAGAGCCACGCAGACAUGGACGGCAAACGCACCCCACGAGGACGACGAGGCUGGAAGAAGUUCUAUGCGGUUCUAAAGGGGAUGAUCCUUUAUCUACAGAAGGAUGAGUAUAAGGCUGAUGCAGAGCUGUGUGAGGGGGACCUGAAAAACGCUGUGCGUAUCCACCAUGCGUUAGCCACCCGCGCUACAGACUACAGCAAGAGACCCAACGUCCUCAAACUAAAGACCUCUGACUGGAGAGUGUUCCUGCUGCAGGCACCGAGUGAAGAGGAGAUGAUGUCGUGGAUAUUCCGUAUUAACCUGGUAGCAGCUCUGUUCUCCGCCCCGGCCUUCCCUGCUGCCAUUGGCUCCAUGAAGACGUUCUGUAGACCUCUACUGCCCUCCUCCUCUACCCGGCUAAACCAGGAGGAUCAGCUGCAGUCCCACGAGGGGAAGCUGAAGCAGAUGAGUGUGGAGGUGGAAGAGCACAGGAAGAACCCUCCCUCGCCUUCUCCCAAGAGCAGAGAGUGGGAGGAGUACCGAAUCAAAGAGCACUACCUCAUAUAUGAGAAGAGUCGGUACGAGACGUAUAUCAACCUUCUCCAGGCCAAGAUGAGGGCAGAGACAGACGACUUGGAGAAGAUAGAGGCUAGCGUGAUGAGCGGGAUUGGGGAGGGCCGAGGGGGGCACGAGGGAUACCUCCGGAAGACCCAGUCCUCUCCUUCCAUCAGCCAGCACGAUGUCAAUAGCAGGGCCUCUGGACGCACUGGCCCGGUCCAGCAGAGUUGAGAGGAGAACCCCUUAAAAAAUAUAAUGCACCCCGUAACUCUGUCCUCUGAGCCAGAGGGCUCUCCCCUCCAAACGCCUGAGAACUGGACCCCCAAAUCCUCCCUCCUUCCUAUUUCAUUGCACAGUAAAGCGGUAAUAAUUGUUCCAGCUAUACAGUAUUAAUGGUGUUAUUUAACCAACAGCUAAUUGUCUCUGGCAGUGCUUAUAAGAACACUUAUAAUGGAGAACAUGAAGAUGUGGAAAAAAGAACGAAAGAGGAGAGGACUUACCGGCAUAAAGGAAGUGUGGAGUGGAGUUUUUUUGUUUGAGGAGGUGGAUGGUGGAUUUCAGGGUGGAGGGGUACAGUAGCAUAGUAGUAGGGCGACAAGUAGCCUAGCAGUUAAGAGAUUUGGGCCAGUAACCAUCGCUGUUUUGAAUCCCGAGCAGACUAGGUGAAAAAUCUGUUAAUGUGCCCUAGAGCAAGGCACUUAACCCACAAUUGCUCCUGUAAGU